AUGGCUGCCGAUGGCCUCCGUUUAACAAGGAGCAGGGUUGGAGAAACAGGGAGCGGGGAUCGGGGAGCCUUUGGGGUUUUUAUGUAUGAGAGUGUGAGAGUUCCUUGUAAAUAUCUCUGUAGCUGUAGCAGGCUGAACCAUGUCCUUCCAGCGGUGCCAGAUGGUGUGCGUGCAGAGAAGGAUUUUAGGUUUGAAUCUGUUCCUCUCAAAAUCUCCAAAUCUUUAAAGCCUAAAACCAGUUCUACCUUAAGAGAAUCUGGAAACUUUGUUCGGGGUUGCGUGUGUGCUGCUAACUUCCAUGACAACUACACCCUCAUCACCAAAAUGAAAGGGAAAGGAAAAGAAAUGAUUGGCUAUAUGUAUUUCAUACCUGAAUAUUCUGUGAGUCUCUGGAGAGAGCACAAGCACAAUGGAAAGGGGGAAUGGCAGGGGAAGACAGGAGUUGCUUUGGCCCAGAAUAUUAAUAAAAACCAGAAAUCACUGAGUGAUGUUAACAUCCCUUACAUGGUCUACCUUGAAUCGACCCCAGAGCCCUGUGUGGGAUCUCUCAUUCACCCGGAGUGGGUCCUGACUGCCGCGCACUGCCCCUUACCCUCUAAGAUUCGACUGGGCGUGUAUCAACCCAACAUCAAAAAUACGAAAGAGCAGCUUGUGAAUUACUCAUUGGUUGUACCCCACCCAAAAUAUGAUGCGAAAUCCCUGCAAAAUAACCUAAUGCUGAUCAAACUCUCCAAGGAGGCUGUGGUGAACCCCUACGUGGGAACUAUAGCCAUAGCUCUGGAGCCCAUAGCACACAAUGACACCUGCUUUAUCCCAACCUGGACAUGGAACGAAUACAAAAACUUCAGUGAACCUGAUAUCCUGACAUGGAUAAACCAAUAUUCUCUCCCACAACAAGACUGCUGGAACAUAGUCCAAGAAGAACAAGGACAAGUAGUGAAUAUCAUGUGCACAGCAGGACCACCUCUAAACAUCAUGUCUCCCAUUAAGGAAGUCACAGCUGCUCCCGCGAUCUGCUUGGGGAGGCUGCAUGGAGUUUUGUCCUGGGCCAAGCCAGGGUUCACACUGGGAAAUCGAGGAUUCUUCACAGAAGUUUAUCCUUAUGCAAGAUGGAUCCUGAACAUUCUGGAAACCCACUGA